AUGGCGAGAAAAGAACGGAUACAGGAUGUUGAUACAACUUCAAAGGCUUCGACAACAGAUGUUAUGAUGCUCAAAACCAGUAUCAAAAACUCAAAGCCUGUUUGUGCUCUCCUCGACAAACUUCCCAGAGAGAUUCGCGAUGAUAUCUGGCGACUCAUCCUUUUGAGACCGGUUGCUAUCGUCCCAAGGGUUCGCAAACGGGAGUACCUAUUUGCAACAGGGAGUCAAGCCGAAGGUCACAAGCAUUGUAGGUUUCAACGAAAAUAUAGUUACGGAUGGGCCCAGGCGCCUAUUCCAGAGACGUAUGUCGAUGGUAACACCAUUGUUCAAGAAAUCGCAUGGACUACAAACCCUACCCGCGAGGAACUCAAACUCAUUCAAAGUGGAGUCAAAAAUUUCACGAUUGACGAUUUCGCGGAGCCUGGUCGGCAGAUUAAAUGUACUGUACAUCAUCGAGACGGAUUUGGUCCUCAAAUCAUAAAGAAGACCGAAUUUCAAAUACACCCGUUUGGUCGUUCUGUCAGUAUCACGCGAGUUUGCAAACAAAUGGAGCAAGAGUGCACUGUAAUUCUUUACGGAGAGAACAAAUAUGAGUUUAAUGUAUCAGACUGUCAUAGGAUGCACCAGCUGAAGACCCCAUGGGAUGUCCCUGGUUUUCCGCUGUUUGAGGAGUUACCCAGUAAGGCCACUAUUAGUAUCGCUAUUGAUAAACUUUUCGAUUUAGAAUGCUUUCAGCCAGCGUUCAUUGCAGAAGAUCCAUUUGUUCGUUUUAUGGCGUACAUUGGACGCAAGAACUCUUCACUACUGAGAGACAUUAAAUUUGAUGGAGGAUUUACGUUUACUCCCAAGACGCGUGGCGAAAGAAGCCCGGCGCUCGGGUUUGGAGCAAUUCUGCCCAUGUAUACACUCAUAAUAGCAGAGAUCUGUCCCAAACUACGCAAGCUCACCUUGCAUCAGCGCUCUCUCGCCUUUGACACCGACAAUAGAAGUGCCGAAAAGGAAAAAGAGAUGGGGUAUGACUACGGCAUGAUGUAUAGUAUCUUAGGUAAAGUGGUUUUCGGUCUACCAAAUCUCCAGCAACUUCAACUAGGCGCUUACUUCGAACCUCCAACUGUUCGUUAUCCAUCCGAUUGCUUUGCAGAUGAUAGAUACGAGUGGGGAAAGUCUAUUCGAUGGAUGAAAUUUGUCGACGAGCGAUAUGUCAACCAGCUAAAUACACCAUGCACUAUACCAACCAACCUGUCGAAUACUGAUGUCGGGAAAGCUCAUGUUCCAGUCUGGAGUGGUAAUUAUAGUCGCCACAAAGAUUCGCUAGAGUACGAACGUCCAGGUAGUUACGGUACUAGCACUUGCACCUGGACUGUCACCCGCUGCCCAUCCCAAAAAAAUCCGGGCUCUGUUAGAAAAUCGCCAAGGGAUAGUCAUCAUCGAGAAAACAGAUAUGGAUUACUGCCAGAAAAGCCUCAUGAUGUUUGGAAAUGUUCGGAUGCACAUGGUGGUGUCAGACGGAAUCACGGACGAAUCUUGAACAUUUCAACGAAGGUAGACCAGGACAGCGCACCCCGUACCUGGGUUCCUGGCCAGCGCGUGAAGAGAUGGUGGACUUAA